CAGAGUGUUCCAAAGUUUCCUUUGGUCAUAUUUCACGUGAGUUUCAGGCAGCAGCGCUGAUUAUUUUUUCUUUGCUUGUUGUAUGGUUGUGCAAACACCACGGAUCUCCAACCGAGCGGAGAGUUACUGCAGCAGAAUCAUUUGCACGGCUUUCUUUUUUGUAAAUUAAACAAAAACCUUUUUAAAAAAAAUUAAUUAAAAAAAAAGCCUCAAUGUAAAUCAGGGAAAACAAACUUAAAAAAAAAAAAAAAAAGUUUUCCUGAGAAGUUUUUUGUCGGAGAAUUUUGUGGAUGCGUUACGAUCUAACUUUUGACAAAUCUUAACUCGCAAAAACAAGUUUGACAACUUUAAAAAGCGCUUUUUUUUUCUCUUUCCCCCCCAUCUCCCCACCCCCGUUCUGUGUGUCUGCAGACUUUUUUUGUGUGUGAACCUGGAAGAGCGAACAAUCAUUGUUUCCUUUUUGUUUAUCAUUAGCAAUCAUAAAAUUCCGGGUUUUGUUUUCAAAGAGAGGGGGAAAAUUGGAAAAAAAGAAUGACGGAUGAUCGCAGUGUAUCAGACGUGGCUAGCCCGAGAGGCUCUGAGAGUGACUCGGUCCUAUCCCCCAGCUCAUCCUUUGCUGCGGAUGGGGAAGAGAAGUCUCAAUUUCAGGCUGGCAACGAGGAGGGGAGUGGGAAGCGAGAGAGCGACGAAGACAAGUUUCCCCUGUGCAUCAGAGAGGCUGUGAGCCAAGUCUUGGAAGGCUACGAUUGGACUCUGGUUCCCAUGCCUGUCAGAGUCAACGGAUCCUCCAAGAGCAAACCUCAUGUGAAGAGACCCAUGAAUGCGUUCAUGGUAUGGGCUCAGGCGGCACGGAGAAAGUUGGCAGAUCAGUACCCACAUCUACACAAUGCAGAGCUCAGCAAAACACUAGGCAAACUCUGGAGGUUACUAAAUGAGAACGACAAAAGACCCUUUGUGGAAGAGGCAGAACGACUGCGAUCCCAGCAUAAGAAAGACCACCCUGAUUACAAGUACCAGCCACGUCGACGAAAGAACAUGAAACCUGGCCAAGGUGACGCUGAUGCCCACCCAGAGGACAGCCACAUCUCCUCUGUCCAGCCCCACUUCAAGGCUGUGCCUCAAGACCGUGGGCGCACAGCUGGGGGCUCCCCACUUGCAGAGGGCCAUGGCCAGAACCACGGCCCCCCAACUCCCCCCACCACCCCCAAGACGGAGAUGCAGCCCGGAAAAGCUGAGGGGAAACGGGAGGGACGCCCGUUGGUAGAGGGAGGCAAACCUCACAUCGAUUUCGGCAACAUGGACAUCGGGGAUCUCAGCCACGACGUUAUGUCCAACAUGGAGACCUUCGAUGUCCAUGAGUUCGACCAGUACCUGCCGCCCAACGGGCAUCCCAGCCACGGGCAAGCCCUGGGCGCCGGGGCUUAUGGUGGAAACUACGGGCUGGGGGGAGCACUAGCCGGCGGCCAUUCCGCCUGGAUCUCCAAGCAACACGCUGGCUCCUCGGCUUCCUCGGGCCCGCCCACCGCCUCGGCCGAAUCCAAAACCCAGAUCAAGACGGAGCAGUCCCACCCGAGCCAUUACUCGGAGCAGCAACACGCCUCGGCACAGAUCACUUACACUUCCCUCAGCCUCCCACACUACGGCACAGCCUUCCCCAGCAUCACCAGGUCCCAGUUCGAGUACCCCGAGCACCAGGCCACCGGCCCUUACUACAGCCCGUCCGCCCAGACCCCAGGACUCUACACCGCCUUCUCCUACAUGGGCGCCUCUCAGCGCCCCCUCUACACGUCCAUCAGCGACCCCCAGUCGGUUCCCCAGUCCCGCAGCCCUACCCAUUGGGAGCAGCCCGUUUACACAACGCUCACACGCCCAUAAACCAACCCCCAUCACCAUCCAUCCAUCCAUCCCCACCCACCACGGGGGCCCGCCCGCCAUUUUAAUUUUGCACCUGAAGCACUCAACGAAAAAAUAAAUCAGAAAUACGCGACUUAAACUAAAUAAAACAACAAAAACACACAUACACAAUAACAAACUGGACGUACGGUUCCGACGAGCGGCUCGCGAAUAUUCCCCCCCGCGUGUCUGGAUGGAGCAGAGGUUUUUCCCGCCCAUGGACAAGAGGGACGAGGCCGAGCCGGCGCCAUGUUCGUCCGUCCGUCAAGCGACGGUUAUGUGAAGACGUUCGGCCAUAGGUCUCCCUUCUUCCCCCCCCCAAUCCCCAUCCCCAUUAUAAAGUCUCGCAAAAAUUAACAAACAAAGACAAGCUUUCCAAAUAUGAAACAAAAAACAAAAAAAGAGACCGUUUCUAUCGUGCUCGAGGUGUCGAUGAUCGCGUGGGCGCGGUGACUGGAACCCGUCGCCCGCUCAACAUGUCCACCCCGCCAACUCUCCACGCUCCAACCCGGGAAGCCCUUCAAGCCUGCUUUAUUGCUUCAACAUGCGAGUAAAUGUCGUUUUAGUUCGUUUUCUUAACCCUGCUUAACUCUCGCAGGCUUGCCGCUUGGUUUAACCAGGGGGCAUGAAAAGUGUUCACCGUUGCUAACAUUGUGUGUGUGUUGUGUAUGCUCGCCAUGCCGACCUGGUGGGGUGGAGAACCUGUACAUAGGUUUUAAGAGACUUUCUGCCUCGUUAUUUUGUUCUCCGAGGUGUAGCAGAAUCCACAGUGUAAAAUGCACAGAGCAAGACUCUUCCUGUAGAUUCAAUGCCGUCUGUUCUGGUCAAUUUGUGGAGGGUGGAGGAGGUUUGACUGUCCAUUUGUGGAGGAGGUUUGACUGUCCAUUUUAGCUAGGUGUAAACGGAUGAUUAUUGAUUAGCCUUUUAUUUUGUUUCGCCUCCGUGAGAACCCGCUCCUGCGAUGAACUCUUGGCCAUUUAAGACUUGCAGGAGGCCUUAUCUUAGGUUUGGCAACCCUUCCUGGUAAACCCAAGGACUGAAGGUAGAUCUCCCAAGUGCUUUCAGCAAAUCUGGGAGAAACAUUAUAGGGAUGUUUAAACAGCAAUAUGGAUUUUUUUGUUUGUAAGUUUUGUUAUCACACAAAUAUUGGAGAUAGGGUGGGAAAUGGAGGAGGAAGCCUCUCUGACUGACAUUCAAGACUUGUCGAAUCAAGACGAACAAUUGGCCCCGAGGAAAAUGCAACAAGGUACUCUGUGACUCUUGGCAUUUUGGAUUAGGCCUGAAUAGACCUGGUUUGUACUGUGACAUCUGGUGAAGUGGAGACGCAAGUAGUUGGAGUCAUUAUCUAGGUGCAAACAACAGAUCACACAUCUCUUUGAGAAACUAAGUGCAGGGAGGCAUGUAGAACCUUCACAAGUUGAACAAAGUACUCCUUAAUUUAUUUAACACUUUUUAAUAUAUAUGCAAAGUGAUUUUGGAUUAAUGACCGAAAGAUUGAGAGCCCAAAUCCUACCAUGCUGAUUUUGAGAACCAGAAAUGUAAAGUUUAUUUCAGUGAUCACUAAAUAAUCUGUGUGAGUUUUGUUUUUAACAUCAAUCUGCCUUUUGGGGCACGAAGUCUGCUGGUUAAGUGACUUCAGCUCCGCACCAAAUGUUGACUUAAAGUUAUACUUCUAUUGGGAUGGGCAAUAAAUGUCAACCUUGCCGGAGUUGAAUGAAUGUAGGACUCAGCUCAAGGUAGCUUCGCCUAGGCUCUGUUGAUCCACCUCUAAUUAUAUUGCUCAACCUGUCAAUUUUCUAGCUUGCCUCCCAGAAGUCAUUUGAGGAAUUGGAAAAAGCAGAAAUAAUGGUAAAAAAAUUGUUGGUUCUCCUCCUCCUGCCAAACUGCCCUUGGGGCUUAUUAGAAUAGCCCAUGUAUCCCGAGCCCAUAGAUCUUAAAGAGAAACUUUGAGCAGUUCCUCAAAGUGGGUGCCCUCUUUUCCAACAAGUGGGACAAAUCAGAUUAAGCUUCUUCCACUCCAUAACUGUACAAGAAUUAGACCAGAUUACCAUUGCUAUGGGGACUGUGCUGGUUGCCCCCAUGGUCCAAUGGUUGGAAAUCUUGGCAGUUGUGGUAAGGGAUAUAUAUUUUUUGUAGCUUUUAAAGAACAUUGUUGCUUAUUUUGUUGAAUAUAUUUUAUUUAAUUAUCCUAAUUUUAAUGGCAGGAUUCUUCUCGCCUCAAUCCCUACACAUUUGGCAGCCAUUUGGAACCUGUGACAGAGAUCGAUAUUGGUGUUUUGGUGAAGGUUGCUGAUCAAUUGUUUUUGGGACCUCAUCCUCAUUGGGGUAGCUCUCUAAGGAGUGGGAAUAAUCAUUGAAAACCACCACCCAGACAGAUCCCUUAUAAUUCCAACCUUUGGUCUGGCAUUGAAUUGGAUAAACUCAGCUGGAUACAUCUCCAAGUGCUUCAGGCUGAUAUGUGGAAGAAUUGACAUGCUCAUAUUACAGGAGAAACCAAUUCAGUGUGUAAGGCUCCCCGAAAGAGCCUUUCAAUUAGUCCCACAAGUUUGUAAGUUCAUAUUUCAUGAUCUUGCAAGCGUUUCCUAUGGCAGGCAUUUAUGCAAUUCAUUAAUAAAACUGGUUCAGUUGUCUUUUCAGACGGUGUGUACCAGAUUACAGCAACUUGCUGCAUGGAAGUGGGGGAUAAAAAAAAAUUCCAUCUACCCUCUAAUGGUGUGCUCCGUCAACUUUAACUUGUCCCAUUUCAUUCCUAAUAUUCCUGCCAUUGGAAAAAGCUCUUCAUUCUGAGUGCCUCUAUCAAAUCUCCUCAUAACCUCCUCUGCUCUGAAGUGAACAACGCUACAUUCUCCAGGCUCUCCUCAUAACCAAAGUCUGCCAUUAUGCAGAGGGGUUUUGAAAUGGGUCUGGAUCUUCUCUCCUCCAAAUUUAGGGUUGCAGUGCUAUGGUUGGUGCUGCACUGCAGAUGUCCGUAGCCUCAGUUCAAAUGGAAAGAAUGGCCACUUGGAUGAACUACCAAGUAUGUUUGGGGAAGAGGAGAGAGCAGGGAACAUUUCAGGAUCAGUGUAUAUAUUUCUUUAUCCAAUUUGGGGGAAUAUUGAUACAGGCAAGCUGAAAUCUCUGAACGAUGUUUCAUUGAGGCCAUUAGACCCCGAUCUUGUGUUGGUGUCUGCAUGUGCAUGUUGAAUUUUAUUCUUCAGAUCUUGAUUUGAUUUUGAAAAGCCCAUCUUUUUUGUUUUUGUUUUAAGGGAUUCUUUUUGCCUAGAACCUAUUGUCCCUUUUUUUCUGCUUUUGCUUUCCCGAAAGAUACCAAGCGGGCUUCCUCCUGCAGAUCUCAGGGCUGCAUGGGGUCCUGACAAUGGGAGGGAGGGAGGGAGGGAGGAUCUGCGAGCGGAUCUUCAAUGGGGAGGUGUGGGGGGGGGGGAGGGGUGGGGGGAGGGAAGGGAUGGGGAGUAGGUCUAUGAUAUCACGGGAUUUCUAACAUUAUUUAUUACUGUUUCUGCACCCAUGGUGUCGGGCCCAGGGAAGUUAGGGAACGCUCUCUGUCAGAAGGUUCUUUCCAACGGGUGGGCUGGAGGGAUGAUUUGUUAAUAUUUGCGUAUUGGGCUGAUGGUUUGGAAAUACCCAAACUCCUCCCCCACCCAAUGCACUCCAUGGAAAGAAGGGGGGAAUGUAGUUUUCCCACUGGGAGUUCUUUCUUUCCAUAUUCCUGGAAUAACUGGAAGCAGAUGCUGCCCUUUGGUUUCCUCAAAGGUGCAUGAUCAGGGUGAGAGGAUGAAGACAUGGGAGGUUUGCCUGAGAGCUGUUAUUAAUGAAUUCCAGCCUGUUUGGCUGAAGGAGGGGCAAGUACUCACCUAGACCGUGUCGCAGGACACAACUCCGUGGAAAACAAUGGCCAGUCCAAAUCCAUCCUCAUCUUGUGGUAAUGAUGUAAACUGGAGUAUUUAUACCCUGUUGUGCAGGUCUGAAAUUGUAUUAUAGAAUAUUUACAUUGUGUGAGUACCAUAGCUUGUUUUUAUUAUUACUAGGUUUAUUACGUUGUAACUGUGCUUUCAAAAAAAAUAAAUGUAUAAAGAUA